AUGGAUGACCAAGAAUAUUGGCACGUCGGUCGCAUGAAGCGUCGUUUGAAUAAGCGUGACAUGAUGCACGUGCCAAUAUUCGCUGUGUGUCUCUUCGCCCUCGCACACGGCAGGAGUAUCGAGGAGCCGCCACGUCAAACCUUCGUACGUAGUGCCAUCGAAAGUAACCCCUGGGACGAGACAAAAUGGGAAACGUCGCAAAAGCAAAAUUACAAGGCGCUACUCACGUCAAUUGGAGAGGAAUCGUUGCCAUUGCGAACGGCAGUCGAGGAAGUGCCAUUUAUCCCGUUCACGAGUCGCGUGCCGUUACGUGAUGCCGUCGAAUAUCGUCCCGAGCAAUAUCGCGUGCACAACGACGACGAUGACGGUGAACAGUACGAACAUCGCCGCAAGGCUCGUCAAAGUUUCAGCAUCGCAAAUCCCUUUGCCGCCUACGUUAUGACAUCGACCGAGGCGAAUUCGAAUGACGCCCCUCCUUACAGAGCUGACAAUCCGUUCCAGCAACUCGUCGAUAAGCAAACUUACUAUUUUUCGCGCAUCAAGGAGAUGCCCGGGAUACGAGAGGAUGUUGUCUGGAGCGAUAAUGUCCAUAUCGAGAGUCAAGUGGAGAGACGCGACGAGUUGAAGAAAAAUAAGGACUACAAAGUUUUUUGUCACAUGACAAAUUGGGCCUUUUAUCGGCAGGGACAAGGCAAAUUUGCACCGGAAAAUCUCGAUACGAAGCUGUGCUCACAUAUUUUAUAUUCGUUUGCGACGCUCGAGCCAAAUUCCCUGCAGAUAAAAGAAUUCGAUCCAUGGGGCGAUAUAGAAAAUGAGUUGUACAAACGAACAAUCAAUUUAGACACUAGUGUGCCCGUUCUUAUCUCGCUGGGUGGCUGGACAGACUCGACAGGCGACAAAUACUCAAAAUUAGUCGGAAAUCCUACGUCGAGGAAAAAGUUUAUCAUUCAUGCUGUCGAGUUUUGCAAGCGUUACGGAUUUUCUGGCUUGCAUUUCGAUUGGAAUUAUCCCGUAUGCUGGCAAAGCAACUGCAAAAAGGGACCAUCCAAGGAUAAAAAUAACUUUGCAACGUUCAUUGAGGAACUCAGUGAUGAAUUUUAUCAGGAAAAUCUUCUGUUAUCCGUUGCUCUUUCGGGUUACAAAGAAGUUAUUCAAGUAGCUUAUGACCUGCCACGCUUAUCGGAAGCUGCCGACUUCUUAGUUGUCAUGUCUUACGAUUAUCAUGGUUCGUGGGAGACGGAAACUGGUCAUAUUGCUCCCUUGGAAGCGCGUCCAAGUGACAAAUAUCCGCAAUAUAACAUCGAUUACACGAUCAAAAUGUUGAUUAAUGGCGGAGUUGAUCCCGAAAAACUUAUCAUGGGUGUUCCUUUCUACGGACAGACAUUCACUCUCAGUCAAAGUCAUAGUUCGGUGAAGGGUGAAGGUACUCCAGCAUCGGGAAGUGGUCAUGCAGGUCCUCAUACUAAACAACCUGGCAUGUUGGCGUAUUCUGAAAUCUGUAGUAAUGUCAGGAACAGUAAUUGGAAAACCGGAAGAGAUCCAAGUGGAAAAUCAGGUCCUUAUGCCAUGAAAGACAAUCAAUGGGUCAGUUACGAUGACCAAGACUAUCUCGUUGUCAAAUGCAAAUACGUGAUGAAAUCCGGACUUGCUGGAGUUGCUGCAUGGACUGUUGACUUGGAUGACUUCCAUAAUAAUUGUUGUCAAGGUCAAUAUCCGUUGUUGAAGGCGAUAAAUCGUGCUCUUGGUCGUGUAAUGACGCCUGCUGUCAUGAACGAUUGCACAAAACCAAAAGAUCCCGUUACUCCAGUGCCACCAGUUAUGAGUCCGCCAGUUGAAAAUGGCGAAUGGCGUCCCCCAUCAACCCAAAGUUCGACAUCUUGGUGGUCUCCAACAACGACGAGAUCGACUACGCGAUCAACUACGACGACAACAACAACAACUACGAGACGACCAACGACAACGAAGCAGAAAACAACUACGACAAGUACGACUACAAGACGUCCCGUUACUACCACGACAACGAGACGCACAACAACUUAUCGGCCAACGACGGAACAACCACAAGAUGCUGAAGUUAUUCCACCACCAUCGAUCGUUGCUCCAUCGGGAAGCGAUGGACAAGCAUGUGACGCGUCAAUGGACUUUUCAGCUGAUGCCACGAAUUGUAAUGCUUAUCACCGUUGUGUCAGUGGCGUUCUUCAGACAAGCUAUUGUCCGGGAGGUUUGUUGUGGAAUAACGCUCAAAAGAGUUGCGAUUGGCCAGCAAAUGUUCAAUGUAAGGAUCCUGCUACGAUUGACAGUAACGAUGAACAAAUCAAACCAGAUGAAGAAUACGAUUCUGAAGAAGAUGAGGAAGAAGUUACUCCAUCAACGACAACAACCACUACUCGUCGUACUACUCGUCGCACAAAACGUCCUACAAAGACUACCAAACCAAGCACUUUCGCUGAUCCACCAUCAACAACAACCACGACAACUACGACUCCAAGAACAACUACCACAAGACGAACAACUCGCAGAACUACAACUACAACAACAACUCAAGCUCCAACAACAACUCGUCGCACAACAACUGCCGCUGCAAUUGCUUCAAGUUCAACUAAACCUCCACGUCGCAAGUGCGAAUCUGGAAACCGUUAUCCGCACAGAGAUUGUUCCAAAUUCUACGUUUGUGUCAAUGGUAAGAAGGUGGCUCAAAGUUGCCCGCCAGGCUAUCAAUGGAGUCAAAAGAUGCAAAUGUGCGAUUUGGAGAAAAAUGUUCGUUGCGUCUCCAAAUUGAAGCUUGUGAUGCGUGACAUGUACUAUCAAAGACUGGAAAUUGAUGACGUUUGCGAUGGAACGGAGUUCUUGAAAUAUUGGGCAAGUUGCACGUCGUACUUGCAAUGCGAUCAUGGACAGAUAAUUGAACGUGAUUGCCCGAAUGGCUUGGAAUGGAAUGACGCCCAAAAGACAUGCGAUUGGCCCGCAAAUGCCAACUGUCAGAAGGAUAAGGAACCAGAAACUCCCGUUUGGGAUGGAAAUAAUGAAUUGGAACCACGUCCGACGAGACCAACAACUACGACGACGACAACUACGCCACGUCCCGUUAUGGAGCCAUUCUCUGGCGAUUAUAAAUUGGUGUGCUAUUUCACCAAUUGGGCAUGGUACCGUCGAGGCGUUGGAAAAUACACUCCCGAUCACAUCGACACCGAUUUAUGUACUCACGUCGUUUAUGGCUUUGCUGUUUUGGACUACAGCAAGUUGACUAUCCGUACUCACGACUCAUGGGCUGAUAUUGACAACAAAUUCUACACUCGAGUAACUGAACUGAAAAACAAGGGAGUAAAAGUCUCGUUGGCUCUCGGUGGAUGGAACGACUCAUUGGGUGACAAAUACAGUCGAUUAGUUCGUAGUGCCGAAGCCCGUGCUCGUUUUGUGCAACACGCAAUGGAAUUUAUGGAAAAAUACGGCUUCGAAGGUCUCGAUCUCGAUUGGGAAUAUCCCGUUUGUUGGCAAGUCGACUGCAAAAAAGGUUUCCCCGAUGAAAAAGAUGGAUUUACUGCUCUCGUUCGUGAGCUCUCGGAAGCCUUUAAACCACGCGGAUAUCUUUUGUCGUCCGCUGUGUCUCCCAGUAAGAAAGUUAUUGAUGCCGGAUACGAUGUUCCUCAACUUUCCAAAUACUUUGAUUGGAUUGCUGUCAUGUGCUACGAUUAUCAUGGGCAAUGGGACAAGAAAACGGGUCACGUAGCUCCGCUUUACUACCAUCCCGAAGACGAAAUCGAUUAUUUCAACACAAACUUCACCAUGAAUUACUGGAUCGAACUUGGAGCGCCACGAUCGAAACUCGUCAUGGGCAUGCCGUUGUAUGGUCAAUCCUUCCAACUGGAAAAUCAAGCGAAUAACGGAUUAAAUGCUCGUGCACCGGGACCUGGACAACAAGGAGAAUUCACGAGAGCCGCUGGUUUCUUGGCUUAUUACGAAAUUUGCGAUCGUAUCAAGAACAAGGCAUGGACUGUUGUACGUGAUCCCGAGGGCCGCAUGGGACCUUAUGCCUACAAGGGAAAUCAAUGGGUAUCGUUUGACGAUCAAGACACCUUGAGACGCAAAUCACAUUAUAUCCGUAAAAUGGGACUCGCAGGAGGCAUGAUUUGGGCUUUGGAUUUGGAUGAUUUCAAAAAUCGUUGCGGCGAGGGACACCAUCCGUUAUUGCGAACAAUCAGAGAUGUUCUUGCCAAACCAAAACAAGAUUUUGAGGAAAUUCUUGUUACUCCGUCAACGACGACCUCAACGACUGUCAGCACAACGAAAAAACGUCGUAAAAAGACUAAAAAGCCAACAACGACCACUACAACAACAACAACUACCGUUAGCACAACAACUGCUCUGCAAGACGAGUUCGAAGGAGAAGAAGAAAUUGAAGAGCCACAAGGAGAACAUUUGGAAACGUUUGACGAAACAGCAGAAAUCAGUGGUGGAGACACAGCUGAAGUUGACAACUUUAUCGAUGACUACGACGAAGAGUCAAGUAAUGAAAAUCUCGACUUUAAAGUUGUUUGUUACUUCACAAAUUGGGCUUGGUACCGUCAAGAAGGCGGAAAAUAUCUCCCCGAAGACAUUGAUUCCGACCUUUGUACGCACAUCGUCUAUGGUUUUGCUGUUCUCGAUCGCGAUAGUCUCACAAUCAAGACACACGAUUCAUGGGCCGACUUGGAUAACGAAUUUUACUCGAGAGUUGUGGCACACAAACAAAAAGGCACUAAAGUCACCGUUGCCAUUGGUGGCUGGAAUGACUCUGCUGGCGAUAAAUACAGUAGAUUAGUGCGCGAUGCUGCUGCUCGAGCUCGUUUUGUGCGACACGUCUUGCAAUUCAUCGAACGUUACGACUUUGACGGUUUGGAUCUCGACUGGGAGUAUCCCGUUUGCUGGCAAGUCGACUGCAAGAAGGGAUAUGAAGACGAAAAGGAAGCUUUCACUGCCUUAGUUCGUGAAUUAUCAGCUGAAUUCAAACCAAAAGGUCUUUUAUUGUCGACCGCAGUGUCUCCUAGCAAGAAAGUAAUUGAUGCGGGAUACGAAGUUGCUGAACUCGCCAAAUACUUUGACUGGAUCGCGGUUAUGACAUACGAUUUCCAUGGACAAUGGGAUAAGAAAACGGGACAUGUGGCUCCGAUGUACGAGCAUCCCGAUGAUUUUGACAAGACCUUCAAUGCCAACUUCUCCAUUAACUACUGGAUUCAAGAAGGAGCUCCGCCACGCAAAAUUGUCAUGGGUAUCCCAAUGUACGGUCAAUCAUUCUCUUUGGCUGACAAAAAUAAGAACGGAUUAAACUCGCAAACGUAUGGCGGUGGCGAAGCUGGACCAGCAACCCGCUCCAGAGGAUUCUUGUCGUACUAUGAAAUUUGCAGAAAUAUUCGCGAAAAGAAUUGGAAGGUUGUGAGAGAUUUGCAAGGCAGAAUGGGUCCAUAUGCAUAUUUGCGAGAUCAAUGGGUGUCUUUCGAUGAUAUUCCAAUGGUGCAACACAAGAGUGAAUACGUCAAAGCAAUGGGACUUGGCGGUGCUAUGAUCUGGGCUCUCGAUCUCGAUGACUUUAGAAAUGUUUGUGAUUGCGAAGAAUAUCCUUUGUUGAAGACAAUCAACAGAGCUUUGAGAAAUUAUCCACAACGGAAGGAACAAUGUUCAUUAGAACCUGUGAAAGUUGAGAAACCAGUUUUUGCUGAUGAGCCAAUGAAACCAACAUCAACAAUGAGACCCUCACGGAAACCUUCUCGUAAACCAUCAACGACUACAAUGAUGGAAGAACCAAUGAGCAGCGUCGAAAGUGGCGAAAAUACCACUCCACGACCAAUGGGAUUGCCAGGAAAUUUCAAACCACAUCCGACCGAUUGUAACAAAUAUUUGCAAUGUCGCUACGGUAAAUACGAGGAAAGAGCUUGCGGAAACACACUUCACUGGAAUAGACAACAAAAUUAUUGUGACUGGCCGUUGUUAGCGGGAUGCAAACCGGGAUCUGGAUCAGUUGACCAUCAAGGCGGUGCCUAUGAUGACGAAGUAAAUGUUGUGGAAGACACUUUCAAGCCGACAUCGACACCAAUGACUUCGACAACUCGUAAACGUCGUAAGAAGACACGAACAACUACAACGACAACCACUCCAAUGCCCGCUUAUGAAGACUCAAAUGAAAUUGAACAUGAUGAGGAAGCCGAUGUUGAAGUACAAAAACCGGUAACGAAACCUUCGACAACAACGUCAACUCGAAAACCGUCUCGGAAGCCCACAAAGACCAAGAAACCAACGAAACCUCCGACUUAUGUUCCGGUGACGUCAAACGAUGAGUUUAAAGUUGUUUGUUAUUUCACUAAUUGGGCAUGGUACAGACCUGGAGCUGGCAAAUAUAUUCCCGAUGACAUCGAUAGCGAUCUUUGUACCCAUGUCGUUUAUGGCUUUGCAGUUCUCAAUGGCGAGACACUCACCAUUAAAACGCACGAUUCCUGGGCUGACAUCGACAAUAAGUUCUACACGCGCGUAUCCGACUUGAAAGCAAAGGGUAUCAAAGUCACUUUGGCACUCGGUGGAUGGAACGACUCCUUGGGCGACAAAUACAGUCGUUUGGUACGCAAUCCAAGUGCUCGUCGUCGUUUUGUGGAGCACGCUGUCGAAUUCGUUGAGAAAUAUGGAUUCCAGGGAUUGGAUCUUGAUUGGGAGUAUCCCGUUUGCUGGCAAGUUGACUGCAAAAAAGGAAAGGCUGACGAAAAGGAAGGUUUCGCUGCUUUAGUUGCUGAAUUAUCGGCUGAGUUUAAACCACGUGGCUUGUUAUUGUCAUCCGCUGUGUCUCCUAGCAAGAUGGUCAUCGAUGCUGGUUAUGACAUACCAUCGUUGGCUCAAAACUUUGACUGGAUCGCCGUCAUGACAUACGAUUUCCAUGGACAUUGGGAUAAAAAGACGGGACAUGUUGCUCCAUUGUACGAACAUCCCGAAGACGAGAAUAAAUUCUUCAACGGCAACUUCUCCAUUCAUUAUUGGAUCGAAAAAGGAUGUCCCCCAAGCAAAUUGGUCAUGGGAGUGCCAAUGUACGGACAAUCCUUCGGACUUGCUGAUCAAUCGAACAACGGACUCAAUGCGAAAACGUAUGGACCAGGAGAUGCUGGACAAUUUACGCGUGCCGGCGGAUUUUUGGCUUUCUAUGAAAUUUGUUCGAAGAUCAAUGCUGGAGGAUGGACCAUUGUAAGAGAUCCCGAAGGCAGAAUGGGACCAUAUGCUUACCGCGGUGCUCAAUGGGUUUCGUAUGACGAUGUCGAAGACGUUAAACGUAAGGCACAAUUUAUGCGAGACAUGAAACUUGGCGGUGGCAUGAUCUGGGCUUUAGAUUUGGAUGACUUCCGGGGCACGUGUGGAUGUGGAAAACAUCCCUUGUUGAAGGUAUUGAAUGCUGGACUUGGACGUGGUAUUGCAUCGCGCACAACGGAUUGUACUUAA